GAACCAGUUUAUGAAUCAUUUGACUUUCCUCGGAUUUCUUCAUUGACUUCUCUUCGCAGUCAUGGCUACUGGGACGCCAAAUGCUGUCAUAUCAUGUCUGUAAUGGAUCUCCAGCAUAUACACAGCCAGAGGGUUGCGUUUACACCAGCUCAUGUACAACUUGCAUGUGAUGGUGUAUACCUGGCUUUACCUCUCACCAGGUCAUCAAUUGGAAUCUGGAGUUUGCAGGAUAUAAGUUGCAAGCCUCUUGAUUUGGUUGGACACAGUAAAAUACUGACAGCUCUUGCACUUGGUAAUUUAUCGGUACCCAAACAGCUGGUAUCCGCUGCUGAAGAUUAUGUUAUCAUAUGGAACAUACAGCAAGCCAGGAAACAGUUUGAGAAAGGUGAGAAGAUAAAGGGCAGAGUGAUUGGUACCACACUAGGAUAUGUUCAGUAUUGUGCGUUUAGUCCCAAUGACACUCUGGUGGCUGUCUGUACUGGUUUUGAUAUUGUCAUUCUGCAAUCCACAAGAGAGAAUAAAGUAGCUGUGUUGGAAGGUCACAAUGGUACAGUUACAGCAGCAGAGUUUUGUCCACACUAUUCCUCUACAUUGGUCUCCAUAUCUGACGACAGGACUUUCAAAGUCUGGAACUUGGAGGAUCUAACACUUGUAUACCAGUCCCCAAUUUUGACAGCAUCUCCAUUUCUGAGUGUGGCAAUGAAUAUACAUGAACCAAGGGUUGCUAUAGGAGCAGCUGAUGGAGUGAUUCGUGUAUUUGACCUGACAGAUGGUAAUGGAUUUAGAUGCUUACAUCAACUUGAUGUUGGUAAGAUAAUUACCAAGGAAAAAGAUGCUAAAUUCAUGGCACAGAAUGAAGUUAAGAAAGGACCAGUUACUAUCAGCAGCAGGCCAACAUGGAAGCAGGCAGACAGGAAUAGCUCAGCAACAGAAUUACCUGACAACACUGAGGACAGUGUUGAGACGGGAUCCUCUGUCCUCUGUUUGUACUAUACCUAUGUACAACAAGAUAUCCUUGGAAGACAGGCAUCAACAAUAUCACGGGAUCUACCCUUCCUGUCAAACAAAACCAGCAGUAUAAGUGAUUUAUUAACAACAUCUCCCAUGUUGAUGGUGGGAACCACGGCAGGAUUACUGAAGGUCAAUGCUCGAACUUUAGAUUUGUGCAGUUACAUAGAUUUCCAAGAUCCCAUGGAUUGUGAGGACAGCCUGAACAAGGAUACAAAGGUAUUAAAUGCUGCUGGGACAGUUAUAUUUGGUCAGGGAGCUGAUGAUAAGAUGUGGUGUAUAGUUGGAAGCCCAUUUCAAAACAUAGUUCAUGUAUUAAAAUGGAGCCAGCCAAUUAAUAAAUUAGUGAACCAGGCACCAGCGUCACAGAGUGCUGGGAACCAAACAUCAGGGUUACAGAGUACAAAUGAUUUAACAGAUAUAGAAGGGAGAAUGUCAGCCUUGGAACCUCCUUCAAGGGCUGGAAGUACACAGAAACACCUAGAAAUAACAGUUCUAUCAAAAUCAGCUUUAUUGGAUGAUUCACCACUGAGGGCUGAUAUGACACCCAAACCUAAAGAUACAAAAGACAAAACUCCUAGAGAUUUUGUGACCCCAUCAAAGAAAGGUUCAAUUCUGGACAAGCAGCCUCUUACAUUUAAGACAAAAAUCAAAUCCUCAGGAUAUUCUACAGCUCCUAGGACAACUAUGUUCAAGCCACAAACAAAUAUUUCUGCAAAACCUAAAACAUUUGCUAAAUCAAGUGCAAGACAAACAAGGUCGGCACGAGAAUACCCUGUACAAGGUAGUCCACCAAUCAACCUCAGUACAAAGUUAGAAGUUGCUGAGAGACCCACAGCUGUCAAUGCAAUUACAGUGUCAGAUGGAGGACAGAAUUUAGCCUGUGCCCUUGCCAACAAGUCAGCCCUUGUGUUCAAUGUACCCUUAUCACAGAAAGGUUCAUCUGCUUAUACAGGACAUAACCACAUAGUUACAUGUGUAGACUGGAGUCAUACUGGUUCUCGGCUUCUAACAUCUUCUGAUGACAAGACAGCACGUGUAUGGGUCAAAGGUCAAGCAGAUCCUGUCAUGACUUUUGACAGGAUGGUGAAAAAUACAGCCAUUAUGGAAAGUCAAAUAAACAAUAAAGAUAACAAAGCAUAUAGUAAAGAAGUACAUUUUGGACAGUUCUAUUUCAUGGACAAGUUUAUUCUGUUGUGUGUGGGGAACCAGCUGCUCAUGUAUAAAUAUCAUAUAGAUACCACCAAAAAUGAUAUACAGAGGUAUUUACCACAGAGUAAAUAUAAGCUGGUACAAGAAUGGAGUAUGGAAUCUCAGCAAGUAUCAGCCAUGUCAGCCAUUAACAGUUUCCUCUCUUAUAUUGUACUGUGUGCAUGCAGCAACAAGAGUAUAGAAGUGAUUGAUAUGAAUACUGGUCAGAGAGUGAGAAAAAUGACUGAAGUUCAUUCCAGACCAGUACAUGCAAUCUGCCAAAAUGAGGGUUCACAGUUCGUUUCUCAUCCAUCAAAUGCCUAUGACCUGUUUGCCUCAGCUGCUGCUGGUGAUUGUAUCAAACUCUGGGAUCUAAGAACUAACAGAUGUGUUAGAAGAUAUGAGGGUCAUCUGAACAGAGUACAUCCGUGUGGUUUAUCAUUCAGUCCGUGUGGGAGAUUUAUUGCUACAGGAUCAGAGGAUAAAUGUACUUACAUAUUUGACAUGAGAUCAGGGACUUACCUACACAAGUUACAAGGUCAUACUGAUGUGGUAUCUGAUGUCACCUUUCAUCCUUCAAACCCACAGCUUUAUACAGCAAGUUUAGAUGGACAUUUAAAUAUAUACACAAACAGAUGACAGACAUAUGUUUGGUUUGAUUGUACACAGACACUCUCACAGAACAGUCUAGUCAUUAUAUCAUAUGUUAUUCAUGCUGUCACAUGAAUGCAGACGAUUUGCAAGUUCUGUGAUGCUUGGUACUACAUUGGUGCAAGUUACAGACAGAAAUUAAUGCUAUGGAAAUGUGGAUGAUGGCAUCAGAUAAAUGUUUAGUAGUAGAGUCAUGAAAUAAGAGAUAAUUACCAGAUAAAUAUUUAUCUCUCUAAAUGGAAGAUACAUUAAGGGAGUAUGGGCAAGAAUUAUUUGUGCUUAAGGAGGAAUAACAUCUUGACUACAUGCCAGAAGAUUUUCGAUUUUGCUCUGUUCCAUGUAAGAGAACAUUUACUGGAUGAUAUAUAUGACCUGAUUUAACUAAACUCUGCUGAAACAGAUAGAGAAAGUGUAUAUAUUGUACCAUUUUAUACUUUCAAAGUGGGUCUUAUAUAAUGACACGAUUGCUGGAUUGCCAUGUAGACUCCUGGAAGUGACGCCAUGGUACUUGCCUCUAAAUUGAUAUACAGUGUGUAUGCAAUUAAUAAGUCAUAAGUGUAACAAUUUUAUGUGUGGAAAAACCCAGUCAACUAGGUGGUACUUAUAUAUAUCUGCUGCCAGUUUAAGAAGGCUAAAAAAUGACCAGUGAAACAGUAUAAAGGAAUUCAUGUGAGAAAUCUUUCAAUAGAUGAAAAUCAGGCCCAGGUUUUAAAAAAAUAACCUUGCAUGUUGGCGAUGGCAAUACUGACUCUGUCCAUAUCAACAUUUAUUUUAAGAUAGUUCUAUGCAAUUGUCUUUAAUCACAUUGACACUGCCAUAUCAGUAUUAUUCAUGAGUAUUUUAAAUUCCAGUUCAUUCCUGCUGUGUUCAGUCUUUAUUAUCACAUGACUAACUUAUCACAUGACUAUGAUCACAGAGUAUCUUGAGAAUUUUUAAUGAGAGUCACCUUCUGAUUUCUAUAAAAACUGUGAACAAUUACUGUUUAUGAAUGGGUACUGGCAGUUAAGAAGGUUAUUUUUUGUGACCAGGUAACUCACCUAAUUGUUUUGUCAGCUUAAAUCUUCUAAGUAUGUACAACUAUGAUGCUAGCAAAAACAGAUUUUCCAGUCAGUGGAUUUUGCUGCUAAAUUGGAAGAUUAUACACGUUAUAUUUCUUUUUUUUCUUGAAAUCAUAAUAAACACAAAUAAAAGUUA